AUGUUCCUGUUGAGCAGGCGCGGGGCACCGGCCCCCGAGCGGACGACCGUCGAGGACGUCAAGAAAGCGGCUCUCAUAGCCGAGGGAAACCAGCGGAUGCGACUCUUCAUACGGUGGCUCAGAUCGCACCCCGACCCCAGCGUCAAGAACGACCCCGACGUCAGACGUCUCAUACGUAGGUGGGACGCCCAUAAGACCUACGUCAGGCCGAUCCCCGCGUCGGUGGGCGUGGCCGCCUACACCCGGAACAAGGGGUCCGAGCUGCACCUGUGCGUGCCGGACGACGAGAUGGAGUCGAAGGACUACAACACGAUGACGUUCGUGCUGGUGCACGAGCUCGCCCACAUCGCGAGCUCCACGAACCAUCACAACGACGAGUUCAAGGCCAACUUCCGGAAGCUCCUCGAUCUGGCCAUCGAGUCGGGCGUCUACCGCUACCAGGACUUCGCGCGCUCGCCCGGAUCCUUCUGCGGGACCGCGAUCCAUCACACGCCCGCCACCCGGCCCCGUCCCCUACUUUUUUCACGGUACAGGAGAUGGGCCCUCGCGAACCAUCCCGACAAGGCGCCGGGCAACGAGGAUGUGUUCAAGCGGGUAAGAGGCUGCUACGAGCAGGUCGGCAAGGAGGCGGCGGAGGCGGAGAAGAGGCCCGAGCAAGCGCAGGCGCGGCCCCAUCGGAAGCCCUCGAUGGCCCGAGAGGACGACGACGACAGCCUCGUUCGGGAAUUCAAGAGGAGAUACGGGCAUCACGACGCGGCUCGCCCGUACCGGAGCCGAGACAGCGGACGUACCUCGUAUCCUCGGGGCAGCUACGCCGGCGCGCAUCGGCGACCCCGGGGAGCCCGCGGCCGCACUUCGUCUUUCUGGUUUGAUGACGACGAUGACGACCUGGUCGGGGAGGAUGUGUCUCGGUGGGGCAGUCGCGGGCUUGAGUUCCCUAGUGGAUUCGUUAAUAAGACGCAUUUUAAAAUGUGUCUUACGGAGGAUCCUUAG